AUGUCGGCACAGGAUGUUGACUUGAGCGAGAACAACAGCGGCCCCCUGGUGGGCGCCAGCGUAUCGCUGCUCGUCCUGAGUUGGUUUGCCAUCAGCCUGCGGACGUACACGAGGGCGAUUUUGAUGAAGAGCUUCAAGAUUGAUGACUGGCUCAUGCUCGUCGCUCAGUUCAUGUACACCCUGACCUGCGCCAUGAUCCUCGGAGGCGUUCACAGAGGACUCGGCCGCCACAACCAGGCGGUUCCCGUAGACGACCAGGUCGCGGCGCUCAUGGUUCGUGUCCUCGCCCACCCCUCCCCUCCCCCUUCUUCUCCCACUCGACGCUCCGUCGCUCCGUCCGAUGGGUGGCUGACAUGGGCAUCCGAUGACCGACAGUGGCAAGCCUUGGCGGCGGCCGUGUACAUACUCGACAUGAUGUUCAUCAAGCUCAGCAUCGGCGUCUUCCUCCUCCGCCUCUCCGUCGGCAGCGUCUACAAGUGGAUACUCCGAGUGAGCCUCUUCAUCAUUUCCUUCUGGAGCAUCGGCAUCUUCUUCUGGGACAUCUUUCAAUGCAGCCCCGUCAUGAGGCAGUGGGACAUUAGGAUCGACGGCAGAUGCGCCGGCGCCGGCGAGAUCAUCUCGGCCAUCUACGCCCUGAGCGUCAUGACCGUCCUGUCCGAUUGGCUCUACGCGCUGCUUCCGAUUCCGCUGCUCUGGAACGUCAAGAUGACCAAGCAGGCCAAGGCGACGGUCAUUGUCGUCCUGGGUCUAGGUAUCUUUGCGAGCUUCGCGACGCUGGUCCGUCUCAAGUUUCUCAGCGGCAUCGAGGAAAUGAACGACUUGAUGUUCACGGCGACGGACGCCUUCGUCUGGACCGUCGUCGAACCGGGCGUCGCCAUCAUCGCCUCGAGCCUCGCGACGAUCCGACCCCUCCUGCGGGCCAUGAAGAUUCGAGGCUUCCAGUCGAGCGACGACGACUCGCCCAGCACCGGCGGGCAGUACCCGCCGCACCUCAGCCGAGCGACGGCACGGGGGUCCAUGCACGGCUUCGGCCCCAACGACGUGUCGCUCCACGACGUCGCCGCCGGAGCGUCGGCGACGGGGCCUCGGCAGGAAGCGGCGGUGAAGGAGGUCGGGCGGCGGUUUGCCGGCUUCGGCGCCCAGGCCGACGGGCCCACCGACACGGACGACGGGCAGCCGAGCGACGGGAAGAGCGAGGUCUACGUCAUCGAGGGCAACAAGGACUCGCCGACGUGGAGCCUGCAGGAUUUCCACCCGACGACGCUGUCGCUCGAGAACUUUCACGACCUCGAGGAGCAGUGUCAAGGCCUCGGCGCGUCGAACCGACGGACGUGA